UUCGCCCGCGGACAGUUUUUUAGCCGGGGUCUUGUUGUGUAGUGCUGGUUUAAAACAUUAAAAUUUGGUUUGUUGGUUUAUAUUAUCACUCCUAGACAGAUAUGGAGGCAUCAUUAGCAGCCAAUAUCAUCAGUUUUCUUGGCAAAACAGGUGGAAGAGACAAACUGUACAGGACUUGUCAGUAUGGAAGCAGAUUUGUGUGGUGGUGUGUACAGGAAAGCAAACGUGAUCCAGAAUUGGUGAAGAAGCUGAAGGGUUUAGACUCCCAUCUGAGCACCAGUAGGAAAUUACUCAGAAUUGGAAAAAGUGUUGAGUUUCUACGGGCAGCACAGAAAUCCAUCCAUCGGUCAGACCCCUUUCUCCAGUUCACUAUCACCUUAGCCAAUAUCAACAAGGCCUCCUAUCUACUAAUUGACCACCUCUUGUGGAUGCAUCGGAUAGGUCUAGUCAAAGUCAAUAGUACGUACUACGGUCAUCUAUCAAGUCGAUUCUGGUUGGCCACUCUGCUGCUCAGCCUAAGCACAGACCUAUAUGCCAUACUUGGUGUCCUUGGUACUCUCCUUCAGACUGAUACAACAAAGGUGUCUUUGGACUCUGAGAAAGCCGUGAAGCAGUAUUCCAAUGGCUCUGCCUCAGGGGCAAUUCCCAGUCACGAGACCAAUGGCCACAGAAACCACACGAUGCAUAGGACCUCACUAAAGCAGGUUUUGAUGACACUAUUCCGGUAUCACCUAGGACUCAUUUUGGACACUCUCAAGAACUUAGCAGACUUGUUCCUGCCAUUAUCCUAUCUCGGUCAUAUCAAUAUAUCAUCAGGAUUACAAGGUCUCCUUGGUUUAAUAAGUUCUAUAAUUGGAGUGUUAACUGUAUGGGAUACCAAAUAUCGAUUGGCAAUAUGAACACAUCUCACAGUAUGCUGGGCUCGACACAAGAUUUGUGUAUCUGUAGUAAAGUUAUUCCAACCUGUAUAA